UUCGGGAAGGUAUUUUCUUCCUCUUCUUUCGCCUAGCUCAAGUUGUCUAUUGUUCUAGUUCUAGUUUUAGCAGCUGUCAUGGGACGAUCAACAAUGCUGUUCCUCACAUUGAAUUUUUAAUUUGUAACAACAAAAAUACCGACAUGUUCCAAGAUUCCGAAGAUUUUAAGCUUAAGCGCAAGCGGCAAAUAGAUACACUGAAGAUUUUUAACGAUAAUGUUCAGGAGUUACAACCAGGAGUCGAAUACAGGGUUGAAUUUUGGGCUGAAAGUCGUCGUAUGGCUAUUUUGGUGCAGCUUGGUCCAGAUUUUCCUUUAGAAAAACCUGUUCUAUUAGUUUCUCCCAAUGUAGGUCACUCAUGGGUGGACCAUUGUGGGCGAAUCACUGCUGCUCCUGGACUUGUAAAUUUCACCCAACAUUCAGACCUUGGUAGAGUGGUGCAUGCUAUUGUCCGAGAAUUUGAGCUGAGACCCCCAGCAUGGAUAGGAGACAGCACAAGCUCAACUAUAGUUACUAAUGCUCCAAAUGAAGCUAAUUCACAAGCACAAGCACCUUCUUCUACUCAACCACUGCAGCAAACACAGUUACAACAAAUGAUAUUUCCAGAAUUAGCUGAACUAAGUGUGAGUGAGCUUCAAGCACUUAUGGAUAACCAAGAUCGUAGGAAUGAAUUUCUUGAGCAGCUACCUGUGUCCCGUGAGUUGGAUGAACAGCUUGAUCAACUUAUGACAACUGUUGAAAAUUUGGCCAAAGAGAAUCUGGAGAAACAAUCAAAGCUAAAUGAGUCACAUUCAGCCUGUGAAGAACGUAGACAGAUUUUGAAUGAGGUUCAUUCUUCAUAUGAGGAGUUAGGAGUUCAUUUUCAGCGUUUAGCAGAUCGCCGGACGCCAGCAAGUAUUAGGGAAAGUCUACGAGCAGCAACUCUCCAUGCCGAUGAGCAAAGUGAACGCGUGGCUGAGCAUUUCCUCUCUGGUGAAAUGAACCUGGAUCAAUUUUUGGUAGACUAUGUAAAUAAGCGCAUGAUGAGCCACAUUCGAAGAAUGAAAGAAGAAAAACUAAGUCAACAACUCCGUGAUUUACUUAGGGCAGGAUAUUGAUAUUAUACUUUUAAAAUGGGUUUUCGAUUUGAUCAAUGAAUUUCAAGGCAUCAAUUAUAUUUGUUUUACAGUUAUUUAUUA